AUGGAUCCUCCAGAAACCCCAGAAAACGCCUUGCGCAUCUGGUACACCCACCUCUGGGCCCCCAAAGUUGAUCUGAUCGGUGAUAUCGCCGGCAAAGAGCCAUUCAUCAUCCAUGGAGAAUCGCUCAUUCGGCACUGUCUUGAAGAAUCGCCGGCUAAUUUUCAGGAUGGAUUCCAGCUGCUACAUGCCGUAUACCUUGUCGAGAGAUUUCUCAGUAACUUCCAGAAGAGAGGGUGCGACUUUGAUGUUGUCUUUUUCCGAGAUCUGAGAGAUCUUUGCGUCCCUUACCAAUCGGGCUUCGAGUAUAAAUAUCAGCUGGCGAGAACAGUCAUCGUCAAGCAUCUUCAGAGACACGCGCGAAAAUGCGCAGAUAAUGGCGCCAGGGCAUCUGUUUUGGAGUUUGAUUCGUUGUCCAGUGCAGAGUUUGAAGAGUAUCUUCAAGGCUUGCCUAUUCAUUUCGUCUUGUGCCAUGACGGCAUCGAAUCAGACGACGUCAAGGAUACAGUCGCUUUGCGGUAUACUAUACGCCGCUUGAUCUCGCGUGGCAAGAAUGUAGCCAUAAUCAACGCUCUAGAGUGGAAGAGCUCAAAGGCAUACGCACCCUUACUGAGCAGAUCACCCACGCCACUGAGGCCAUUUCCUAUCAAAAAGGAGCUGGAUUCGCCAUUCACUCCAUUGUUUGACCCAAAAGAUGAUCGUGUCCAUACUUUGGUCACUGAGCAUCAAGAUCUAACCGUUCGAGAACGUCUGGGCAUAGUCGCUUGCCUUUCUCUGCUUCGUAUGCAAAAGGAUGGCUUGAUAGAUGGAAAACAUCUUGACAUGCAAGAGAAAGUUCAGGCAUUCCUCCUUCAUCUUGCUGUACUCAAACACUGUACAUUGCUUGAGCGUCAGCAUUGGGUUGGCUCACAGCGAUGCCAUUCACACCCUGAAGACUCCGAAUUCCUGCGCCAGGUCAUCCAAAUUUCAUGGGCAUUGCUAGAAAAGGACGAAUGGAUGACCGAGUUGAAUGUGGUUGACGAGAACUGGGACCUGUUUGACGCCAUUGACGGCUCCUUAUUCUACUUCAUUCUUGAGACUCUGCGGACUGCAAAGUGGCUUCCAGAUCCGAUCAUUGAGACUUGGCGGCACCUUUGGUCAAUUUUCCGCUCAGGAGCCGGUGCAAGUUUCUCAGAGUAUCUGCCCGACCUUAUGCAUUCUAAGGAAGAGCCGUUUCUGAGGGACUCGGACGGUGUACAGGUCUCGGCUUUGCCCUUUAGCCAUCCCGUACUCAAUGACUUCCUUCAAGAUAUCCAGUUGAAGGAAAGUCAAGGCAUGCAAGACAAAUCUUUUAAAGCUGUCUUUGAAGAUCUCCACCAUUGGCACAACACAAAGCCGCUUCUGCCAACGAGAAGAAUCGAACGACUUGGCUUUUUCGCUAUGAAGAAAAGACAAACGCUUUUGGCCAGCAUUGUGGCAUAUUCUGCGAGCCUAACAAACGCAAGGGGAAAGCUUAUUGACCCAGAGAUUAUCGUCGUGAAGAAAGACACAGCAAGUGAUGCCAAAAACAAAAAGGCGAUUGCGAAUACUGUAAAAGCGAAUAAAGACAAGGAGAAUAAGAAGUCUCAAUUCAAGAAGCCAGGGCGGCAGGGAAACAAGCCGGGUGGUAAGGAGAGUGCGUUGAGAGCCGCGGAGGAGCUUCGAUUGCAGAAAGAUUCCACCAAGCGAGGCAACACCACCGCUCUUUGGAAAAAGACAUGCCGAGAGCUUGAAAAGGAGCACAGUCUGCCUGCUCGCUAUCUCAAAGCUCUGGUAUUCCUGACAGAUCGAACCAAAGACGACAACACAGCAUUGGGAUACGAAGUGCACCUUUAUCUCUGCCAUAUCCUCGCGCGGUUGUGGGCAAAGGCCCGACCAGAUGCAAGAUCAGAGAAGUCCUACUUGGUUGCGCUUAUCUGGAGAUGGCUUCAAGAGAUACAGACCGCCAAAGUCUCCAAGACAGUGAAUCAAGCAGUGCAGAAGUUGACCAACCAUCUUGCGAUACCAUUUCUUGCUCUCGAAGUCGGCAAUCAGACGCAAGAGCUGUCUUUCAUUAUUAAUUAUGACGUUUUCAAGAGCAUGAAGAAGACCAUGCCAAACUAUCGCGAGAUGCAGCUCGAAUACGCGGCUCCCUACAUGGAUCGAAGAUUUGACUCUCAGCCAGACGAAAAGAAAAGGGUGCCGUUUGAGCCCGAUGGCUGGCAGCGCAAAGUCCUUGAUUCAAUUGAUGCCGAUAACAGUCUCCUUGUUAUUGCACCGACAUCUGCGGGCAAAACAUUCAUAUCUUUCUAUGCAAUGAAGAAAAUACUUGAAGAGAGCGACGAGGGGGUUCUGGUAUACGUUGCACCGACCAAAGCCCUCGUGAAUCAGAUUGCCGCCGAAGUUGGAGCACGCUUCACCAAGUCUUACCGCAAACAAGAAGGCAAAUCCGUUUGGGCCAUAUACACUCGUGAUUACCGAAUCCAAAACCCAACAGGAUGUCAAAUAUUGGUGACUGUCCCGCAUAUGCUCCAGAUAUUGUUAUUGGCACCAACAAAUGCCAAAGGGCCCAAUGCCUGGUCCAGACGUAUCAAGAGAAUCAUCUUUGAUGAAGUUCACUGUAUCGGCCAGGAUGCCGAUGGCGUGGUAUGGGAACAGCUGCUUCUGGCGGCUCCAUGUCCAGUGAUUGCCCUCUCGGCAACAAUCGGAAAUCCUGGCCCUUUCCGAGAAUGGCUGUCGCAAGUACAGCGAAGUAAGGGCCUGAAGCUAGACUUUAUAGUGCAUACAGCGCGAUAUUCAGAUCUCCGGAAAUUUUGUCACAUACCCCAAGAGCGCGAGCCGUUUCAAGGACUGCAUCGCAAUCAAUCGCUCCCUGUUCCCGGACUAGACGAAGGUGAAGACUGUUGUACCAGUCUCAGGUUUAUCCAUCCUGUAGCAGCUUUGACUGAGAGGGCUCGUACAGCACUUGAAGACCUUUCUCUAGAGGCGAGAGACUGUCUCCAUCUAUGGAAGACUAUAAAGAAAGUGCUUUCAGAUGAAGACAUCGUCAAGCUUGGGGUUCCUGAUCCCUCCACCAUUCUCCCCGAGACGAUAACCAAGUCGGACGUCCUUCAGUGGGAGACAGAGCUCAAACAAGCACUUCGGCGCAUCAUAGAGAGGCCAGGCUCAGCAUUUCAGGACAUAAGAAGCUCACUCGAGCCAUGUUGGACUAAAGAAAAGGCUUUGCCUUCCGAUGUUGGCGUUAAGCGCGUUGACGAUUUGGAAAGCCUGUUUAACUUGGCCAUCGAUCUGUACAGCCAAGGUGCUCUGCCCGCUCUCAUAUUCCACUAUGAUACCCAUGGAUGCGAGCUCAUCAUGAAGCUGAUGCUCAUGAGGCUAGUCGAGGCCGAAAAGGAGUGGAAGAAAAAAUCGCCUGCGUGGGCUCAGAAAUUAAAAGAUUUUGAGGCAUGGCAAAAAUCCGAAAGCCUUCAACAGAAGAAGAAGCCGGUCCAGCGAAACAAAGGCGACGCCAUUGACGGCUCUAGGAUUUCCAAAUUAGAGCAGUUGCGCGAGGAGGCAAACGCUGACAUUAGUCCUUGGAAAAGCUUCAAGCCAAAUGAUCCGUUGGAGCAGUUCAAUUUUGCAGACACGAAGAAGAUGCAAAUGUCGGAGGUGGUUGAGAUGAUCUCGGCCCUGAGAGGCCAAGUCGAACCUUGGUUGCUGGAGGCUCUCCGACGCGGCCUCGGUGUACAUCAUUCCAGUCUGAACCGACAGUAUCGCCAAACGGUCGAAGUCAUGUUUCGUAAAGGGUACUUGAGGUUGGUUGCUGCAACUGGCACGCUUGCUCUUGGUAUCAACAUGCCUUGCAAGACAGUCAUCUUUCAUGGCGAUUCCGUAUUCCUCACAGCUCAAAACUUCAGGCAGGCUUCAGGUCGAGCCGGUCGCAGAGGCUUCGAUCUUCUUGGCAAUGUCGUGUUCAGCAGAAUCUCACGAGAACGCGUAUAUGAAAUCAUGUCGGCGCGGCUCCCGGGCCUCAAUGGACAGUUUCCCAUGUCUACAACGCUUAUUCUCCGACUGUUUUCAUUACUUCACGGGUCUGACAACUGCGAUUUCGCAGUGAACAUGGUCAAAUCAUUGCUAUCUCAGACACGUCUAUACCUGGGCGGACCAGAGUCGGAGAUGUCGAUCAAACAUCAUGUCCGGUUUUCCAUCGAAUACCUUCGGAGACAGAAUCUGCUUUCGGCUACUGGCGUCCCCAUCAACUUCGCCAGUAUAAUAGGCCACUUAUACUUUAUGGAGAAUGCGGUAUUUGCAUUUCACUCAGUCUUGAUUGGUGGUUAUUUCCAUGCGCUUUGUUCGGACAUACAUGUAAACCGCGACAGAGUGCUUUUGGAAAUGAUGUUAGUGUUGUCGCAUUUAUUCGUUCGAGUACCAGCCAAGCGCACCAAAAGAAUGGUCAAGGUUGCGAAAAGAUCAUCAUCUGUCAUAUUUCUCCCGCCACUGCCGCAGAACGCUGAAAGUCUGCUCUUACAACAUAAUGAAGAAACUCUCUCUAUAUUCAAGAGAUACGUGCAGUCAUACGUCAGCCAUAGCCUGAAAGGCAAGAGGGAUCGAAUGUUGCCGUUCACUCAGACAGCAGUAGGCCAAGAAGAGCCAAUCCACUGGGUUUCUGCCGACUCUGAGGCUUCCAGAAUGGUCAGAUCCCCCUUCAUUGCCUUGUCUGGAAAUGCAGACAACUUCAAGACAAUUCAUGAUUUGUGCCAGACAGUUCGUGGAGACGUAUUUUUGGAAGAAUCAGCCAUCCCAUCGAUCCCCAUCUGGCCACACGAUACAGACGUGGAAUUCAACGCUUACUUGUACGACUUUUACAAGCAUGGUAGCAUGGCUGUCCUGGUGAGAGAUAACGGUAUUCGACGAGGAGACGUGUGGUUUCACCUCAAAGAAUUUUCUCGCACCCUGUCUACAAUUAUUAGCAGUCUUACCAUUUUGAUGGAUGCCAAUGAGAUGGUUUCAGAAGAAGACUUUGAAGACUUUGAGAGUGAAGCAGAAAUGGUCUCUAUGGAUGACGGCACCAUCUCUGAUCCUAAUGGAGAGGGCAGCAGUACUGAGACGCCACCGUCCUCUGCCACUCUGUUUAGCCAGGAUGAAGAUGACUAUGCAACAGCUGGAGCAUAUCAAAAAGGCAGUCUUCUUAAAGUGCUCCAGGCAUUCAUCAUUUUGAGAGACGAGUUUGAUACCAAGUUCCGUCGGGUGUGGGCGUAG